AUGGAUACCCCACGGCGCAUUGACGACCUCGCCGAUGAACUCAUCAGCGGUAUUCUCUCCUGCCUCCUGAGCUCAGAAUCCGCCUACAAUCCACGCGAUUCAUGCCACGGGUCAAAUGGUAGCUCCCGUACGGCGUAUGGUGAGAAGACGGAGUUGGAUCGAUUUAGACUCGUGUGCCGGCGGUUCAUGCGCAUCGGGACGCCGCAAAUGUUCCCCCUGUUCGUCCUACGCUUCUCGCGCGAUGGAUUCCAGCGGCUGGAGGAUCUUCUGCACAUGCAGCUGGCCUGUCAUGUCAAAUAUUUCACGUACAUGGUGCGACCCUUCUACCAAGGAAGCGGCUGGUCCCACGCCCUGACUGCGGUCGAAUCCGAAAAUCGUCCCGUCGCGCAAGUCCACUACCGCCGACUCCAUGAUCAGAAAUACAUCGUUGACCGGAACCAAGACUUGGCGCUGUUGCGAGGGGCCAUUGCGGCGUUUCCCGCCCUGAAGCAGGUGAAGCUGCUGCGGCUGCAGGACGAGGCGGACGAGCAAUUACUGGGAUACCUCCGGGACCAAUCUUUAGAAGAGAACGCGCGGUUGGAUUGGGAGCCGGCCUGCACGCGCGCGGUCACUAGCUUAGGGGUCUCGUUGCUGGAAUCAAAGCGCACUGAGGUGAAUUUUGUCGCCCCGCAGAUCAGCCCGGAGGCGACGGUGCGGCUUCUGCAAACACCGCCGACGAUGCUGUCGGCCCUGGGGGCACGACUAACGAGUCUGGACGUCACGUUCCACGCGCACACCGACAUGACCACGAGCAUGGAGACGCUCUCCCACGUGUUCUACGAGUUCUUUCUGGCUGCGAAAAAUCUGACGGCUAUCCAUCUCGGGUUCCCCGCAAACUUGCCGCUGGACCUAUCCCUCGAUCGCAUCUUCCAUCGCCUACAGUGGAGGCGACUGCACACCUUGAGCAUCCAGGGCUGGCGCCUGGGCUCCGACGAGAUCAUCGCGCUGAUCCGACGCCACCGACGACCAUUACGCGACUUGCGUCUCGCCAGCGUAUACCUGCGCGCCGGCGGCCGAUGGUGCGACAUCCUGUCCGUACUCCACGACGAAAUGGACCUCCUCGAGCGCAUUGAUCUAAGUGAGAUCAAUUACGCCGCCGACUUUGACGCCGAGAACUACCACAACCAUGCUCUCCUCAACGGCAACGGUCACGGCGAUGGCGGAUUCGACGGCCCCCUGCUAUCCGUCGUGGCCCAACCGAGCCCCGACCUUCCGCCCCCCCAGACCGCCGAUUACCUUUCGUUCGCCCCACGCGGGAACACCCGUCGUUCCUUCCCCGACGCCACUUUGGAGAAGCUCCGAUUACUGACGGCCGACGAUCUCGGCGAUAACGGCGUCCGCGUGCAUCGAAAACAACGAUCCUUCUGGGAGCAGUGGGUGCUGUCGAGUUCGCGCAAUAUUAUCCGUCGACGGGACUGA